UCUAAACUUUCAUAUCUACCAAUUCCUGACUCUAAAUUUUGAAGUUUUUGCAUUGCCAAAAAUUCUAAAUAUUUGACUUUCUAAAUUUCUCCCACUUUUGUUUACAGAAGUGUCGUUUCUAACAUGUACAGUGACUUCCCCCACAAUAAUAACAUCAGGAAUGUUUAGAUCUUUUUAUCGUAGGCCCCUACAAGUUAGCGCCCUGAGCUGUUCCUUUGUUCAGAUUGUAUACAUUUUUGUACUUUGCCGGCAUUAAAUAGCGCCUGCUCGUUCGGUUUUCAGUUCACAACAUCUGAGCAUUGCGAACGAACAUAUGAUUUGCUCGUGCUUGAUCAUACCCGUUGAAUUUGCUGUGGUCGCACCCUUACGUAGCGUAAAAAACAAAGAUGUUACAAUUGAAUAAAAUCAAUGCAUACCGCACUUAAAUUCAACGGCCUUGUAUUUAUUUUUCCGCAUGCGCGCUUAAUUUCCUGUUCUAUAAAGUUAAUACGAAUUUUAUGAAGUGUAUGCAUUACUAUCUGCUCGGAGGGACACGUGUACAAUGGAUGCAGUUGUGCAUGCUUACGUAUGGUACAGGUAUGCAAACGUAUGCGUAAGUGAUCUGUAACUACUGUGAUGUUUAUAAUUCAAUUCUUUUAACGUUUACGCCAAGAAUUAAGGUAUGAUUGUAAUGCGGAUUCAUGAUAAUAACAGAUUUUAAAAUUUUGUUCAGUUAUUUUUGAGUGAGAAAUAGUUUAGUGCUACACGAAGAACAUGGCAACAUCAGAGAGUGAUGACUUUGAAAGUGCUGACGAGGAGAUGAACCAUAAUAUGCCGACAAAAAGAAUUAUUCAAACUCAACAUUGGAGUUCACCGACAACGAUAGGUUCUGAUUCCGAUGACGACACGGAAUAUGUACCACGACCGACAUAUACAAACGUAGGCUUUAGUAAAAAAACAGAAAAAUAUUAUGAGAGGACCGAUACCAUGGCAAAUGUAGAAAGACUUGAUAAAGAUAUCAGUAUUAGAGAUAUGCGUAAUAAGGCAAAAAAAGAGAAAUUAAUUAGUAAUACUGAUAAAACGUUAGAACGAGUUGAUGGAAAGGUUACAUCCACUAGUUUGUCAAAAGUAGAAUCUACAGAGACAGCUCCAGGUACUAUGAAUGUGGAAGUUGAAAAUAGAAAGAAAACUACGGAUACAAGUGAAACAGAGUUACCAGUUAAGACAAAUGACAAUGUGGGAAGCUCCAGUGGAACGAUUAUGUCUAAUUUAGAUAGCGAACCAAAGGGUCAUAGACAACAAAAAUUAGGUGCAAAAAAAAUAGGUUCUAAGAUCACGGUGAGUGACAAUAUUAAUGACAUAAGUAAUGAAAUGUCUGCUGAUAAAGAAAAUGUAUCUACGAAAGCACAAGAUGCUACGCUUUCAGAAUUUUUAGUAAAGGACGAGUUAACUGAACUAGAUAUGCCUGAAGAAAUGAAAUCAGAUAAAAAAUUUAAAGAAGUAUUUAAACCGGAAGGUUGGGAAGGACUUGGCAAUGAAAUUGAAUUACCUGAAGAAUUAACCGAAGAAAAGUUACAACCAAUAAUGAAAAAAUUGUCACUCAGUGGACAAGAAACAGAGAAUUCUUCGAAAGGAUGGGGUUGGGGUGGUUGGGAUGUAACUUCUUUAAUUAACACAGCUACUGCUGGAGUUUCUACAUUAACUAGUCAUGUAACACAUGGACUCACACUUUUGGAAGAAUCCAUGGCCAUACCGGAUGAACCUACAUCUCCUACAAGCGAGAAGGAAAAUUCUGCAAAUGAUGAUGUUAAAGAAGAAACUCCUGAAGAACAAUCAAUUUUUGGAUUUGGAAAUCUGAUAUCGGGUAUGUCUUCAAUAACAAAAUUAGUUGAAUCAACUGGCAGCAAAGUUAUGAGUGGUGGGUUAGAUACAUUAGAAGCUAUUGGUAAAAAAACAAUGGAGGUAUUGCAAGAUGGUGACCCAGGAUUGAAAAAGAAAAGAGCCUUCUUUAUGAAUGAAAUAGAUAAACCAAAUUUAUCACAAGUGCUUCGGGAAGCGAAAGAAAAGGCAGAAAGUGUUGAAAAAACAGUAGAAGAAAAACAAAAGCUAAGGAAAGUACAUUUUGAAAGUCUAUUUGAUGAUUACCAAGGUCUUGUUCAUUUAGAAGCACUAGAAAUGUUGUCGAAACAAAGUAAUAUUAAAAUACAACAACACUUGAUGGGCUUGAAUACAAAUGAGUUAAAUUCCAUGGAAGAAACAUUAGAAGAUGUUAAAGAAUUAUGUGAUUUAGGUGAAGAUGAUGAAAAUGAGGACGAAGAACAUGAUAAAGAUUUAAAAUGCAGGUUACAGGAAGCUUGUAAUGACCUUGGAAUUAAUAUUUCAUAUGAGAAAUUACAUGAUGUCUCUGAAGCCUCUCAGGCAUAUACCACACCUCCUGUAACAUAUACUGCUGAAGAAAUACACGAACAUGCUAUUUCUGUUCUGGCACAAUUUACUGCCUUUUCUGUGGAAAGGUUUCACAAAUCUGCAGAAUUGCUAUUAAUCAAAGAACACAGAAGCACUGUCAACGAAGCUGAUGCAUUAGUUCGUUUAACACAUAUUCUGUCUAAACAAAUUGGAGUACUAGCUAAUACUUACUGUAGCUCUUUAAAUGUCAUUGCUGAAACUUCAGAUAAAGCGGAUGAUAUUAACUCUAAUAUAACGACAAUAUUUAUGGAGGCUUCAAAUGCGAGCUCUUAUAUCCAAGAUGCUUUUAAACUAUUGGUCCCCAUUAUACAAGUGGGUGCUAUAUAACGAUUAACAGAAAUAUUUUUUUAAUACUUUUAAUACAUAACUGUAUACAUACGCACGUAUGUGUAUACGCAAUUAUAAUAUAUGUAUAUGUAAUAUUAAACACAAACAAACGAAUAGUUUAUUAAAAACGAAUUGUCCCAAUUAAUUGGAUAUUUUUUCCUGCUGUAUGAUUUGCUACAGGGACCAAGAUAAGUUUAAAUAAUUGUAUUCAAAAAUAUGUAAAAAUUUAUACACAUUUUAAGUUCAUUCAUAGUUAUAUAUAUAGAUUUAUAAUGUAAAAGUAUUCAUAUAAAAAAUAUAAAUAACUGUCCGAACUAUAGAUUAACUAACGUUUUGUACUUGAAUCAUACGUUAUUGCAUAAUAACAUUAAUUCAUUAUAAAAAUAUAUUCAACACGAAGGAUUUACUCGAACAUGAAUGUGUGAAGCUUUGAAAGUACAUAGUAGAUAAAGUACACAGUACAUUCAGCUUAAAAAAAAUAAUUUGUAAAAACAUAUAAAUAUUAUAUCUUUUUAAACUGUA